AAUUAAUAUCUUGAAUCAAUGACACAUAGUUAUGGUUUGAAAAAGGGAACAAGAAGCAAGUUUGCAAAACCAUUCAGAGGACAUGGAAAUAUAAGCAUUCGUAAAACACUUCAAACAUUCAGAAGAGGUAAAUUAUUAUUAUUACAAAAGGUGAUUUCGUUGAUAUUUUGGUUGAUGGAGCAUAACAUAAAGGAGUCCCCUUCCAAUAUUAUCAUGGACGAACAGCCAGAGUUUUCAAUGUGAAUCCAAGAGGAAUUGGUGUCUCAUUAUAAAGAAGAGUAAGAGGAAGAUAUGUGGAGAAAAGAUUUCAUGUUAGAGCUGAUCAUUUGAGACCAUCAAAAUGCAGAGAGGAAUUUGUUAAAAGAGUUUAAGUCAAUGAUAAGAAAAAGACUGAAGCUAAUAAAUUGAAAUAACACAUCUCUACUAAAAGACAACCUGUGUUACCAAGGAGUGCUGAAAUUGUCAAACCAACAGCUACAAUCUUUUAACAUCCAAAAGCAUUUGUAGAAAUCAUUUGAAUUAUAAUAUCAUAAGUAUAAUAAUAUAGUAAUUUGUUAUAAA